GUUCAAACGCCAUGCACAUACUGUAACUUGCCUGUGCCGGCCUGGAAAACGAGAAAGCAACGGGUUUUGGCGGGACGGCCCCGCUAACUCGCCAGGCUUGACCUUUAGUGACUAGUGGACUUAAACAUGCACGUUUCCAACGAUACGACCGUAUUGGAGUCUCGCAAAGAAGGCAAGAGCUUCCUCGAGCUGGUUGCGAAGCGAAUUUCCGAGCCGGACCUCGCAGCCGAGCUCAUCUCAGCUGCUGCAAGGCUUGUGGUCGCGUCGGCGUCAGCACAUGGCAAAGAGAACACGCCGGUCACGGCGGCAACUUAUGCAGUGGCUGCGCCCUCGGACGCGUCCUUGCUGGUGAAGUUCCCGGGGCUGUCCCUCGUGGCGCCUCGCGGCAAGUUUGACGUUGGCUUCUCACCCGAGGCAUUGGUCCUCAGCAACGCCAAGUCAAGUGUGGUGGUACCGGUGGCCGCGAUAACGCACGUGGCGAUCCUGGACCAGAUCCCGCAGGACACAAAGAAGCGCUGCCUGAUGUUCGUGGUGCUGGAGCGGAACGGCCCCGCGGUCAUGAACGGCAAGCAGCGCCUGGAGGCGGUCAUCAUCCAGACUCUGGAGACGGAGGAGCUCAGGGCGGUCACGUCCAAGGGCGAGGCGCUGGACGGCCCGGCGGCGGCGGUGCUGUGCGAGGCGCUGGCGCUGGUCAAGCCCGGCUUCGAGGAGUUCAUUGCGCCCGACCCGGACCUGUUCCGCACAGCCAAGGGCCACCUGGGUGUGUCGGCCUACGUCAAGGCCAGCCCCGGCCACCUGUUCCCGCUGCGCGGCGGGCUGCUGUUCGCGGAGCGGCCGCCCAUGUUCCUGCCGCUCGCUGACGUGCUGGCGGUGGAGUACAGGCGGCCGCAGUCCGCCACCUUUGACCUGGUGCUACACGUGCGGCCGCGCGAGGGCGGCUCCGGCUCCUCUUCCUCGUCCUCGGUGCAGCAGCUGGAGUUCAGUCAGGUGGACAAGGCGGAGAUGGGGAGGUUGCAGAGCUACUUCGCCACGUGCAAGAUCAAGCUCUACGACCCGGCUGCGCCGCCCCGACUGGACGGCGGCGCCGCCGCCGCGGGUGCGCAGGCGGCGGCGGCGGCGGCCGGCGGGAGCUCUGGCGGUGCCUAUGGCGAGGAUGCCGAGGGCGAUGACGACGAGUCGGAUGAGGACGAUGAGGACUUUGACCCCUCGGAGCUGCAACGACUGGAGUCCGGGCGGGCGACCAAGCGGCAGCGGACCGGGGCAUCGGGGUCAGCAGGCGCCGGCCCCAGCACCAGCAAGGCCGCCGCCGCCGCGGCCGAGGACGAGGACGAGGACGAUGAGGCGGAGGCGGACGAUGAGGACGCCGAGUCGGAUGAGGACGAGGAGGAAGAGGACAGCUAUGAUGAGGAUGAGGAGCUGGCGGACCUCACGGAUGAGGAGGACAUGGCGGCGGAGGCGGUGAGGCGCGCCGCCAGGCGCGGCGGGCAAGCGGCGGGCGCGGAGGAGGAGGACGAUGAUGAGGAUGAUGAUGAGGAUGACUGAGGCAGCGGGUGCUGGUGGCAGAGGUGGGCGCUGGGAGCAGAUCUGCGGAGUAGAGGGCGGGGGAGGGGAGGUUAAGGGACGGCGGGCGCCGGGAGUGUCAGGAUGAUGUGGACAGGUGGUCAGGGCGGAGUCACCGCGUGCGAGUUCACAGUUGGUAUUGAGGCUCUGCAGGGGUCUAUGUCGAGAGGAAUCGCGGGAUGCCUGUGCAACUGAGGAGCUGGCACGAUCAGUGCCGGGCACCGGGCCGCAUGCAGCUGCGGUAUCUGACGACACGAACACCCGUUGACACGCUGCGCCCCUUGGCGUGGGGACCUACGUUCGUCGUGCUGCUGCAAUGCAUUUAGAGGAGCAAGGGGCAGAUGACUGAAAACCGACACCACGCAACACUAUUCAUUUUAUGACCGGGUUGCGGGUGGAUGGCGCGGGGGCGUCAUAAUACUUAGUCUGCAUAGGAACAAGGACGGAGGCGCUCAUACUUGGAACCUUCGGUACGACAACUUUCACUGUGGGGGCCAGUGUGAUGGGUGUCAAGGGCCACUUCGACCUGAAGCCUGCGAAGCGGCAGCGCCAUGUAGAACUCGAGCACGCCGACCACGCUGCUGCUCGGCGUGCUCAAGCCCUAUGUGGCGCUGCCGCUCCGCAGGCUUCAGGUCGAAGUGACCCUUGACACUCAUCACACUGGCCCCCACGGCGAACGCGCCCAAACCGAACGUCCCAACAAGGAGCGCCUCGUCCUUGUUCCUUGACAGAAUAGGCAUAGUGCCCAAGACCAGCCUGAGUGAGUGAGCGGCGGCGCUGCCCGACUCAACCAGCCUGUGAGCCUGCGUUUUGCGGCGCUUCGGCCAGGGCACUCGCGUGCGCUGCAGCUUUUGUGCGUUCGACUUGCGCUUGCCGCAGGCAACGUAGUCUUGAGCAAAUGUCGAGAAUAAUGGCAGCAAGGGGCAGCAAGACUACACGCACGGAGUUACAGGCGCAGUGCACGAGACUCUUGGCAUGGGGACCUACGUUCGUUGUGUGGCUGCAAUGCUUUUGAGAGGACCAAGCUUCUAGCGGGAUGCUUGCGCGCCUGAGGGGCGGGCAUAAGCGCUAGCGUAAUCCGCCUCACCGCCUCUAGCCAACGUGGACUGACGUGGAAGAGGUCUUCCGAAGGCUGACGUGCGUGAGUUGGAUGUCUAGGACGUGGACAUGGCCGUGACGUGCACCAUUGUUGGUGCGCGUGCACCGAGCCCGGUGAUGGCCCCAGGCCUGAGGGACAUGCGUGAUGCUACUAGUACCCCGGCGGGCAACCAACGGGAGAGAAAGGCUGACAGACCCGGACAGACACGUUACGCCGCGCAAGCCCGGAGCCAUAUAUUUUUACGUUGCUACUGCAAGGUAUCUCCAUAGCAUACUUGAGUGGACUGGAUUUCAAAGCCUGGAAUUUCGCGACUUUGACCU